AUGGCUUCAGUAGUUUGGCAAAGUUUGCAUAAGCACCUUUUAGAUUCCGUCUUGGAGAGAUUGGAAUCGCCAAAGGAUUAUUUGCAUUUCAGCAUUGUUUGUAAGUGGUGGUAUUCUGUGGCAAAGGAUAACUACAAUCAGCGUGCUAAGGUGACAACUCCAGUGCUCUUGUUGAUUCAGACUGCAAAAAGAGGCACAUGGUCGUUGUGCGAUGUCAUGCAGAAUAUGGUCCUUGAUUUUCACGUACAGGUUCCUAACGUGCGAUUCUGCGGCUCUUCAAAGGGAUGGUUGAUAUAUGUGGACAAGGAUUCUGUAGUAUAUCUGGUUAAUCCAUUCUUUAGGGUUAAAGGGAAGACAAACAAAGAAAAUUCCAUCAUUCGCCUUCCUCCACUCAUCGGCGGUGUUCCACCAUUGAAGAAUUGGGAUUCGUCUAUCAGCUACUAUUUUGCCUACAAAGCUAUACUUUCAGCAGACCCUGUAUUAUGUGCAGACAAUUACAUUGUUGUGGUGAUAUGCGAGGUAUACUGUCAAUUGGCUUUUAUUAGACCCGGUAAAGACACAACAUGGACUUUUGUUGCCGAUAGUCGGCAUAUAAUUGAAGAUGUUGUUCGUGUUAAAGAUGAAUUUUACGGCGUUGAUCAAGGAAGACGCAAUCUUGUAGCUUUUGAUACUAGUGCUCAGUACAAGUGCAAUGUAAUAUUGGAUGCCGGCUACACGGGAGAAGUGCCAGCCAAGAGAUACCUUGUGGAUUUAAAUGAGAAAAGAUUUUUAAUGGUUGAAAGGUAUUGUGAUGUUAUAGAUGGGAGACGAAUGACUCAUCAGCUCAGAAUUUUUGAAAUGAAGUCUCACAAGUGUGAGUGGUCUGAAAUAUACGACUUGGGUGAUGUUGCUCUCUUCGUUGGUGAUAACUCUUCGAUAGCUUUGGUGGCUUCGAAAUAUUCAGGAUGUCAGCCCAACUGCAUAUACUUCUGCCACGACAACAUUAGUCAAGGAUUCUUCCAACCCAUGAAAUCUUAUGAUUUUGGUGUGUACAACGUCAAGGAUCAAAGCUUUUCGCAACCUUACCCAGAAGAUAUUAUGACCCUUAUGCAGAUGACCAAUCGACCUCCAAUUUGGGUUGACCGACCUUUUAAGCUCUAA